AUGAAGAUAAAGAUAGCCAUUACUUUCGUAGUGCUUACUGUGCACCAGGCACUAUUCCACCUGGAAGGACUGUCUAGAGCCCAUGUCAUCGCACAGGAACUGCUGUCUUCAGAGAAAGCAUACGUGGAGAUGCUCCAGCACUUACAUCUGGAUUUCCACGGAGCUGUCAUGAGGGCCUUGGAUGAAAUAGACCAGGAGGGCAAGGACACGUUGGCCAGGGAGGAGCUGAGGCGUGGCCUGAGUGAACUCCCAGCCAUCCGAGACCUGCACCAGGGGAUCCUGGAGGAGCUGGGGGAGAGGCUGUUGCACUGGGAGGGCCAGCAGAAGGUGGCUGACGUCUUCCUGGCCCGGGAACAAGAGUUUGACCAUCAUGCCGCUCACAUCCUGCAGUUCGACAGGUAUCUGAGUCUGCUCAGUGAGAACAGCCUGCAUUCUCCCCGGCUGGCCGCUGCUGUCCGCGAGUUUGAGCAGAGUCAGCAAGGAGGUGGCCAGAACGUGAAGCACCGGCUGCUGCGGGUGGUUCAGCGCCUCUUCCAGUACCAAGUGCUCCUCACAGACUAUUUAAACAACCUUUGUCCGGACUCAGCUGAGUAUGAUAACACGCAGGGUGCCCUCACCCUCAUCUCCAAAGUCACAGACCAUGCCAAUGAUAGCAUGGAGCAAGGGGAAAACCUGCAGAAGUUGGUCCACAUUGAGCACAGCGUUCGGGGCCAAGGGGAUCUCCUCCAGCCAGGAAGGGAGUUUCUCAAGGAGGGGACACUGAUGAAAGUAACAGGGAAAAGCAGACGCCCCCGGCACCUGUUCCUGAUGAGCGAUGUGCUCCUGUAUACGUAUCCCCAGAAGGACGGGAAAUACCGGCUGAAGAACACAUUGUCAGUGGCCAGCAUGAAGGUCAGUCGUCCUGUGAUGGAGAAAGUGCCCUAUGCUCUAAAGAUCGAGACUUCCCAGUCCUGCCUGACUCUAUCUGCGAGCUCCUGCGCAGAGCGGGACGAGUGGCACAGCUGUCUGAGCAGAGCCCUCCCUGAGGAUUACAAGGCCCAGGCCCUGGCUGCCUUUCACCACAGUGUGGAGAUACGGGAGAGGCUGGGGGUCAGCCUGGGGGAGAGGCCCCCCACUCUGGUGCCCGUCACACAUGUUAUGAUGUGCAUGAACUGUGGCUGCGACUUCUCCCUCACCCUGAGGCGUCACCACUGCCACGCCUGUGGCAAGAUUGUGUGCCGGAACUGUUCAAGAAACAAGUACCCUCUGAAGUACCUCAAGGACCGGAUGGCCAAGGUCUGUGACGGCUGCUAUGGGGAGCUGAAGAAGAGGGGCGGGGAUGUCCCAGGCCUGACGAGAGAGCGGCCCGUGAGCAUGAGCUUCCCCCUGUCCUCCCCCCGCUUCUCGAGCAGUGCCUUCUCAUCUGUCUUCCACGGCAUCAACCCCUCGACCUUCAAGAAACAGAAGAAGGUCCCUUCAGCCCUGACCGAGGUGGCCGCCUCGGGAGAGGGCUCCGCCAUCAGUGGCUAUCUGAGCCGGUGCAAGAAAGGCAAGAGGCACUGGAAGAAGCUCUGGUUUGUCAUCAAAGGCAAAGUGCUCUACACCUACAUGGCCAGUGAGGACACAGUGGCCAUGGAGAGUAUGCCUCUGCUUGGUUUCACCAUUGCCCCAGAGAAGGAAGAGGGCAGCAGUGAAGUAGGACCUAUUUUUCACCUCUACCACAAGAAAACCCUAUUUUAUAGCUUCAAAGCAGAGGAUACCAAUUCAGCUCAAAGGUGGAUCGAGGCCAUGGAAGAUGCAAGUGUGUUAUAGCAGUUAUCAAGCAUGUGGACUCAGAAUAAAGUCUUAGGUUGAAUGUGGACCCUUCCAGAAGCCAAUCUGUGUCUCUACUCCUCGGGACUCAUAUCUGGAUUCAGCACGGGGCCUCAUCUUUUUUGCCAUAACCCCCUCUCUCACCGUCACAAGUGGAACCCCUAAGGAAUAUUUAUGAACCGCUCCUUUUCUAUUCUUGUGUCUUCCAGCCGCCCGACCCCGCCCCACCCCAGCAUAAACGAUCUCCUUACCGGGUAGUGAGACCACGUUUAGUAACGUGAAGACAUGGAAACAAGAGGAAAAAAGUACAUUUUAGAAAUGCAGGCUUUUUAGUGGAAACAAGCUUUUACAGUUUUUACCAGUGGUAAACAUUAUCACCUUCCAUAGCACUGAUGUCAGUGCCUCAGGCGAAACGAGAAACAACUGGUAAAUAACAGCUACCCUCAUCGAAAGCACUUUAUUGUUUUACUGAGCUACAACCUCCAGUUUUAUGUUUUCCAAGUGAUUUACUUAAGUAAGGAGCAGAUGGAGUCCUGUGGACUAAUUUGCCACCAGUUCUCAACAAGGGUGUACGUACAAUUGAUUUGUGCCAACACGGAUGGACCUGGCCAAGUGGGCAGGUGAGCGGCACUCAGAGGGGAGGGUCCUCCUUACUGCAGAGGCCGCACUGCACUGGAUAAGGCAAGGAUUUUCUCCUCCAAUUGAUCAUGAGACCUGUAUACGGACAUGACUUAAGGAAGGACCCCCUCCUUCCCGGGGUGGUCCUCACACUACCCCAGUGCUGGAUGCUCGGCUGCCGGCAGGCCCAGCCCCCACCCUGGAGGUCACCACAAACCCUCUGAAGAGAUAGGGUCUGCUGUAAUUUAUUGUGUGCCUUCCUGUGUUUACCCAACAUGAGCUGACAGUGUUACGUGUAAAAGAACCUGUGCUUGUUUUCAACAUGGUUACCCUUCGGCUGUAUUACCAAAGCCUUGAAAGAUACGAAGACAGAAAAGAUAUAAUCAGAAAGUGAAUUGGUGGUCUUGGCCAGUGGCUCUGGACACAGUGAGGGAGCACAGUAGUGGCUUGAAGAAACUCUCUGGGCACCUGGGGCUCAGCCACCUCCCGCUGAUGACUGCUGCUCAUCAUGCUGGACAAAUUUAUACAUAGAGCAAGAAUGGGGGUGGGGCAGGUGGGAUUCCUUGUUACUCUCAUUGAAAUAGAAAACGAUCAUAUCAUUUCCUGAUGUCCUGUCCUCUAAACAAAACGGCAUUUGCGACAAACCUUUUGUAAAAAGCACCAUCUCAAGGAGUUAUUUACAUUAAAUAUUUUCAGGGGAAUUUU